CAAGAAUGAUUCUUUUUUAGAUUCGCGAUGCACGCGUUCCGUUGACGCGACUAGAAAAGCGAGAAUGGAGGGUGAAUUAAGAAUUGUGGUGAAAUGGAGUGGAAAGGAAUACGAUAUCCUCGAUAUUCAAGAGGAAGAUACUGUUCUUACUUUAAAAGAGCGUAUACACAGAGAAACAGGUGUUCGUCCAGAACGUCAGAAGCUAUUAAAUCUCAAAUUUAAAGGCAAAGCAGCGCAAGAUGAGGAUAUAAUUGGCAAGUUAAAUUUGAAGCCUGGCUUCAAACUAAUGUUAAUGGGCUCGCGAGAAGAAGACAUUGCAGAGGCAAGUCAAGCACCUGAAAAUGUACCUGAUGUGAUUAACGAUCUAGACAUAGAGGAAGAGGAGGUGGAGAUUGAAAAGGCUGAAAUAAAUCUACGUAAAAUCCAGAUACGAAUCGAUCGUUAUGUAAUCAAAGAACUGAAUCCCCUAAGGGAGGGUAAGAAGCUCCUCGUGCUGGACAUAGAUUAUACUUUGUUUGAUCACAGAUCAGUGGCAGAAAGCGGAGCGCAAUUAAUGCGCCCGUACCUUCACGAAUUCUUGACGCGCGCUUAUAAAUAUUACGAUAUAGUCAUCUGGUCGGCAACUAGCAUGAGGUGGAUCAAUGAGAAAAUGAAAUUACUGGGAGUCUCGAAUCAUCCGAAUUAUAAAAUAGCCUUUCACUUGGACGUCCUUGCCAUGAUCACCGUUCAUACACCGAAAUAUGGCGUUGUUGGAGUGAAGCCGCUGGGAAUUAUCUGGGGAAAGUAUAAGCAGUUCUCCGCAAAAAAUACAAUAAUGUUCGACGACAUCAGACGAAAUUUCAUAAUGAAUCCGCAGUCAGGAUUGAGGAUAAAACCAUUUAAACAUGCUCAUACUACCAGAGUCAAAGAUUUCGAACUGCUGAAGCUAUCAAGAUAUUUGGAAUUAAUAGCCGAUGUAGAUGAUUUUCAAACUCUAAACCACAGAAAAUGGGAAGAAUACAAAUCGAAGAAGAACGACCAAAGCAAUGAACAGACUAGCAGUAAUGAGAAAAGUUAAAUUCUGAUGGAAUUAAUUUUUCUUUCUGAUACUUUGACGAAAAUGGUCAAUUGAUGGAACGGAGCUGAUAUUGAUUGAUGGGAGGAAUACAUGAUAAUGAUGAUGAUGAGAGAUUGUAUAUGAUGAAGUGCAUGGAUAUGCAUUUGUCAGUUGUUUUAAAAUUAUUGAAAAAUGACUGAAAAAGCAAGGCUGUUCUAUGUAUGUUGGAUGAGAAUGACAAGAUUAACAACAAAGCGGUAGUUCCUUUCACAAAAAAA